AUGAGAGCCCAACCAAGAUAUGACCGGCAACACGCCACAAACCUGUUGGACCGACCCGCAAGACCUGCCGAAGGCGAUCCAGACCAGUCAACCGAUCUGAUUCCUUCAGGCGACUUUGCGGUAGUGGCGGCUGACGCAUAA